AUGGCAGCCUGGGAAGAAACCGACAAAGCUUUGGCCAGCUUCAUUCGAGGCGUACCACUUAUCUGCCUCGCUGCUAUAGCAUUUUGGAUGACCAGAUCAACGAAGCCACUCCUAAAGGCAUCAGACCAUGCCAACGACCACAAAGUCCAUCUCUUACUAGCUGCCACUGGAUCCGUAGCAACUAUCAAGAUUCCAAACAUCAUUCAGGCACUAUCUCAUCAUCCCAAUCUCUCCAUACGGGUAAUCAUGACAGAAUCAGCAGGCCAAUUCCUCCAAGGUCAAUCGCACGAACAACCUUCGCUGUUGGAAAUCUCCAAACUACCCAAUGUCGAUGCCAUCUACCGAGAUGAAGACGAAUGGCACGAACCAUGGGCCAGGGAAAACAAUAUACUUCAUAUCGAGCUACGACGUUGGGCCGACUUGAUGGUCAUCGCGCCGCUCUCUGCAAACGCAUUGGCCAAGAUAUCGAAUGGCUUUUCUGACACGCUGGUGUACUCUUCAGUUCGCGCUUGGGAUACAGCUGGGUUGAUAGAUGCACCGCGACCCGGGAUCGCAUUGCCCUAUGAUGACAGUGCUGCCCAGAAAGGUACCGAGCGAGAGGGCAAAGGACGGAAGGGGAUUAUUGUUGCGCCUGCAAUGAACACUGCUAUGUGGAAUCAUCCGGCGACAGCGAAGCAUAUGGAAGUCCUCGAGGGAGAAUGGAACAUCAGGAAUGGAGGAUGGUUCGAGGUACUGAGGCCGAUCGAGAAAAGAAUCGCAUGUGGCGAUACUGGCAGUGGAGGCAUGAAGGAAUGGGCAGAGAUCGUAAAGACGAUCGAGAUGAGAUUACGUCUCACUACAUCAAGAGAUGAGGAGAGGAAAUGA